GAGGAGGAGGGCGCUGGGCAGGGACCACUUGGACCAACGAGGGCUGACUGCUGUUUCGUUUCAGUGCAGAAAGAAGGCUAGCAAGGCACUGGAGCAGGGCGCCGUUGCGUUGAAUCCCAGUAUCCCCAUUGUCUUCUUCUCCACUGAGCUGCUCGGGUAAAACGGCGUGAUCCUAAAGAGGAGUGUCUAGUGUCUAGCGGUAUAGGCAUUGCGGUUUUUCCUAAGCCACAGAAAGAAGGGGCCCUGAACAGGUCUAGCCAAUAACGGAAAAUGAUCCAAAGUCAAGUUUUGAUAAUAUGAACCAGAGCCGCGUUUUGUUGCAACUGGCGACCGAGUAUUGACGCCUCUGAGCCGAUCGCUCCUCAGAACCAGACUCGUUUUACGCGCACUUUCGUUCGGAUCGCUGGGAUUCCACAGUCCCGCACUGUGUUUGAAAAGAGCGUUUUAGGCGUUGUGAAAACAAUGAAUUUCCAGUCGGGCGUCCCAGUGUCCGUGUCCGGACUCUCGCAGCAGUCCCAGCCGGCCAUGCCCACUCCGGGCACCGUACCAUCGCCAGUCCCGGUCCAGGUACCCCAGUCCAUUCCUUCCCAGUUCGGAUCUGGAUCCUCCGCCAGCUCCGGGGCUGGUCAGUUCGGUUCAGGAGGGACAGUAUCCGGCCAGACUUCCCAGCCCGGUCAGGGUGGCUCUCAGUUUGUUUUGUCCAACUCGGCGGCCAUCAGAGCAGAGAUCCAUCGAUUUGAAUCCGUGCACCCGAACAUUUAUGCGAUCUACGACCUGAUCGAACGAAUCGAUGACCUAGCCCUCCAGAACCAGAUCCGGGAACACGUCAUCUCCAUUGAAGGUAAGCAUAUAAAACACACCACAGCAUAGAACACAGCAGUCAGGGGCGGCACGGCGUGCAGUUAUUUCACCGCAUCCGACAGCAACCGGGGCUGUUGACUCACCGGUGUGUGUGUGUGUGUGUGUGUGUGUAUGUGUGUGUGUGUGUGUGUAUGUGUGUGUGUGUGUGUGUGUUUUUAAGAUGGACGUGGAUUUGCAAGCAACACAUUUCAUUUGCAGUAAGUGGGUUCUCAGCAGCUAACCCAGCCCCAUUAGCAGCAAGCGUUCUCCCGUCAAAUUAGCCUAACGCUGUUAUCUCUGACCUUAACUCCGAGCCACGGACACCUGAGCCGACGCCGCUACUUUCGCUGCUUCUGCUCCCCGGCUAUUGUUGUUGUGCGACAUGGAUGGAGGUCUGUGUAUGUGUUUCGUCAUUGCUCGGAAAUGGGGAGAGGGAUUGGAGGGUGCGUUUGGAAAGAAGGACGGAAGGAAGGCCGGACAUCACGGCCAAUGCUUUACUCAAGCUCAACGAUGUUGAGGGGAUAAGGACAUAAUCCAUAUAAGCCAUGCACUCUGUGAUGAGUUGGGUGAUCGGGUUGAGGGCAGAGGGUUUGGGAGAUCUCUAUACUCUGAGAGAGAGAGAGAGAGAGAGAGAGAGAGAGAGAGAGAGCGAGAGAGAGAGAGAGAGAGAGAGAGAGAGAGAGAGAGAGAGAGAGAGAGAGAGAAACAGGGAGAGAGUGAGAGUAGAGAACGAGAGAGAGAGAGGAACUUGGGGAAUGUUCUGGAUUACGGGCCUUCUUGCUCUCGUCAGCGGCCUCUAGGGGGGUUCCCAGAUGUUUGUGCCAUCCUCCUGACUCUGGCCUACUUCUGGGCCACUCCCAGAAGCAUACCAAGUUGUCCAAUUGGUACACACACACAUACACUUAUUCAAACACACAAACCCCCCUUCACACUCUCAGCCACACGGGGAACAUUACAUUUUGGCCUCAUUACAGAUGCUUCGUAGACACUGCUCAUCAACCGUUGUGUGUGAGCACCCGUCUCCAAUAUGAACACAACAAUUACAUGAUGAUGCAUUUAUUGCAAUAAUUUACGUGUUUGAAAUGAUUUUAUUUUUUGUGAUGUACCGGGAACGCACCACAAUGCAUUACCCGGUAAUUAUCCCCCCUGUUAAAUUACAGUAAAAUCUGGCGUUGCAUUGUCUGUAGCAUGCCAUGUGCCGCAGACCAAUUCUCUAGGUAUUAUUGGCUGUUUUUGAUUAUAGCAGACAACAAAGACAGUUGCAACCCCAGAGACAGCACCACACCACUCUCUUAUCUCCACUAUUUAUUUCCCUUUGUCCCGCUGUUAUUGAGCUCCGAACGCUAAUGCUAAUCAGACAGGAACGCCGCUCAAUCUAGACCGAGGCGGUGAUAAUAGCCUGAUUGUGCGUAGACGAGUGGAAGCGCUUCUAAUUUUCUGCCUUGCUCGCCUGUGCGUGAGGAUUAUGGAGGGAAAACUCGGCAAGUGGCAGUAUGUUUUGCACUUCUAGGCGUGCGUGGGAUUGUGUUAUGACUUUAUUACUAGUAUGGCAAUUUUCACAAUUUUCCAUGGUGUCUGAUGGCGAAACAGGUAAACCGGUCGUCUGGUUUUAAAUACCUCCAGGAUGCGAUGUUUCUCAUCGUCUUGCUACGGUUGCUAGGUUCGUCAACGGCCAUUUUGAUUUGGUGAGAGACUGAACUAAUCGAUUCAAUUGCUGUGAAAUCAGAAAAAGACCCAUCGAGAAAUACUUAUGAGGAAGACUGAAUAUUAUUCUGUGCUUGCGUUACUUGUUUCGUACUCUUGCAGAGGUGCGACUGCACCAAUCAAAACGGAAGACCAGGACUGACUGAGAGAAUUAUAAUUUGAUUUAACAACGGAGUAAUUGGGACCUGGGGGUAAAAACAGCAUUAAGCUCUUCUAAUUACCACCAAUCAUAGGCUGGCCAUUUAGAAUGAUGUAGAUUAACAAAGAGCACUUAUAAAGGCGCCGUCAUCAAAACAAGGCUAAUAUGAUCAUUAAAGCCUGUAUUAUAUUUGUUAAUAAUCAUCAAAAAACAAACUUGCAUUCACCGGCUGAAUUAGCCUUAGGUAGUGGCAGGGAUUCGUUCUCUUGCUUCUUGUUCGAGGUGGAUUGGAUGCCUGAGCACUUAGCACUCUGUCAGAUUUGUUCACAAAUGCUAACUUGCCUUGAUGAAAGACAUUGAUUUGUUCCAGUACUGUUCUUUCCCGUUGCUAACAGUCUCCACUGAAAUGUCUCUAACAAAAUGUUUUUUAAAAAACCGACCAGACUAGACGUUUUGUUUGGAAGUAAAAGAAAGCAAAUUCAACAACUCCCUUUAAAAAUCUGUCACUUGAUAAAGUACAGUGCUGUUUUUGCUUUCGGGAACCCAAAAGGCUCAAUCCUAUUGGACAGUGGAUGGUCAGUCAGUGGAUGCUUCAGUUGAGUGAAGUUAUGUAAGGACUGCAGUAUCACUCAUAACCAGGACCGACACACACACACACACGCACACGCACAAG